AUGGAGACACACGAGAUAGGCGAAACAGGCACAGGCCCGGGGAUAGCCACGUUGCCGCGGUACAAGGCCACAUACAACGUGAGUGCUCUGGCGACCGAUUCCGCAGAGAAUUUGGAUCUGCACAGCACAGAGGCCGCAGGCCGCGUGCAAGACUCUGUGGACGGGUUCGGGCCGCUCCAGGAAGCCCUUGCGACGCCCAAUUUCUUCAAGCCCAAGAUGGCCACCAAUAUUCCAAACACCAGCACGGCGUCGUUACCGUCGCAGGUGGGCGAGUACGAGGGGCAGGCGCUGCAACUGGACACAGAGGUGAAGGUGAUGUCGAUACCAAGCUCGCCCGUGCCGAAACUGCACCACAAACACGGGUCAAUUGGAGACAUGCUGAGCGAGAAAGAAGAUCUCGGAGACAAAGCAGGGCGACAGUCGGUCACCACAGAGAAAUCGAACUACUCGCAGAUCAUCGAGGGAUACCAGGAGAGCGUGCACUCUUUGACGAAAACAGAACCGCACACGAGGACAGAGCAGGAUCGGGGCUCGAAAUCUCGUGACGGGUCGAAUCUGGCUGCUCAACAGUCAAAUAGCUCUGCCAAUGUUACACACGUGCCAGACACACUGCCGAAAAAGAACGUGCAGACUCCGAGCCGGUCUGCGUCGUCGUCGGUGUCGUCGUCGCGCAAGGCGAGCUCGAACGCCACCACGCCGUCGUACGAGGCGAAGAAGACCAAGGCCAAGACCAAGAAGAUGUUCGGCAACCUCACGAGCUUCGUGUCGAGUCUUACACCCUCGGGCUCCCGCUCGGCAUCGCAGUCCAGAGUGAUCUCCGAGCCUUACGACUACGUGCGCCACCAGCACGUCGAGUACGACCCAAACUCGCAAACGUACAUUGGGCUUCCCGAAGAGUGGAAACGGGCAUUGGCAGCACAGGGCGUCACUGUCGAGGACCAGAAAAAAAAUCCCCAAGCUGCCAACCAGGUAAUUAAUUUCUUCAACUCCAACUACAACGACGAGUCCACCAACAAAUUCAUGAAGGUCCAGGGUCACGACUCGGAGCGCAGUAACGACAACGAUGACAGCCUGAGCGAAAGCGAGUACAGGACACCGAAUAUCAGCUCCUCCACGCAGUUCGACACCACAGACUAUGCCACGCCUUCCAGUCCCGCAAGCUCUGGGUUCCAGCAGACGCCAAUCGCGCUCCAAAAGGAGACGUUUCUUACGCCGGACGGGGACAACGAGUUCAUUCCUCGGAGACACGCUCCUCCUCCGCCUUCUUCGACUUCCUCCAAGCCUGCUACCACGCUGCCGAUGUCUGCCAAAAGCCCGCUGGGCUCGGUGUCGCGGAUCUCUUCAGGCUCCAAAAAGCCGGCCUCCUCUCCUUCGUCGCUGAUCGGCAGUAUAUCUCGCCGUUUCGGCUCUAAUCAUUCCAAGUCGGGCAGCACGCGCUCCGACAGACCACAAAUUUUGCAUCUGGGCGAGUUUCUCCCUGUGCCGACGAGUCCAAAGCAAAUGGCCUUUGAAACACCACCGGAGAAGGAAGAUGCAAAUGCCCAGCCAGAAGAGAAAGAGAUACCCCAUGCUGCUCCUCAACGUCAACCGCCUGCUCCACCACCAGUUCCUAUAAAGGACGUCCAGCUGCCACAGAAACCGGACGAGUCUGUCAAGCCCCAGGUACCACCAAUUCCAAAAGGUAAGCCAAAAAAUGCCAAGAUACCGUUGACGGAGGACGAGCAGGAGCGCAGACGCGAGCUCCGCAGAGCUAAAGAGAAAAAAUAUCUGCAGCGUCUGUUGGAGAUCUGUUCUUCCGACGACCCUAGCGAAAGAUACCACAGCCUUGUCAAAAUAGGACAGGGUGCUUCUGGAGGAGUCUACACGGCCACCGAGGUCGAGACCAAUACCUGUGUUGCCAUUAAGCAGAUGGAGUUGGAGAGACAACCCAAGAAGGAGCUGAUUAUCAACGAGAUCCUUGUGAUGAAAGGCUCUAAGCACAAAAACAUUGUCAAUUUCAUUGAAGCGUACCUGAUGAAAAAAGACCUCUGGGUGGUGAUGGAGUAUAUGGAAGGAGGCUCCCUGACCGACAUAGUGACCCACAGCGUCAUGACUGAGCGUCAAAUGGGCGCCGUUUGCAGGGAGACAUUGCAGGGUCUCAAGUUUUUGCACUCCAAAGGCAUCAUACACAGAGACAUCAAAUCUGACAACAUUCUCCUCUCUUUGCAGGGAGACAUCAAACUCACAGACUUUGGGUUCUGUGCACAAAUCAAAGACUAUUCAGCGAAACGAAACACCAUGGUGGGGACGCCGUACUGGAUGGCUCCUGAGGUGGUCACCAAGACCGAGUACGGCCCUAAGGUCGAUAUUUGGUCUUUGGGCAUUAUGACCAUCGAAAUGAUUGAAGGCGAGCCUCCGUACUUAAACGAGACUCCUUUACGGGCCCUGUACCUCAUCACCACGAACGGAAAACCUACAUUGAACGACCCUGACUCGCUUUCCGAGGAGCUACAAGAAUUUUUGAACUAUUGUCUAGAGGUGAAUCCAGACAAUCGUCUCGACUCUGCACAGCUCCUGGAAUUGCCAUUCAUCAAAACCGCCGACGACAACAGUUCUUUGGCGCCGCUAGUCAAACUGGCCAGAAUGCAAAAACUCGCUGAGCUUCCGGAUAGCCAGGAUCACUCAUAG